AUGGGAGGAAACCAGACACAGACUCAGUUUGUCCUCUUGGGAAUCACAGACAACCCGUGCCUGCAGGUCCUGCUCUUUGAGCUGUUUCUCCUGAUCUACAUCGUGUGUUUGGUGGGGAACGUUGGGCUGAUGCUCUUGGUUUGGACAGUCCCCAGUCUCCACACCCCCAUGUACUUCUUCCUGGCCCAUUUUUCCUUCAUGGACGCCUGCUACUCCACGCUCAUCUCCCCCAGGAUGCUGAGGGACCUGCUGGCAGAGGACAGGACCAUCUCCUUCGCUGGCUGCGUGGCUCAGUUCCACGGCUUUGCUUUCUUCGUCACCUCCGAGUGUCACCUCCUGGCCUCCAUGGCCUUCGACCGCCACGUCGCCAUCUGCAAACCCCUCCUGUACGUCAGGAUCAUCUCCAGCCGCGUGUGCUGGCAGCUGGUGGCCUGGUGCUACUUCAUAGCCUCCCUCAGCGCCCUGGUCUUCACUGCCUGCACCUUUGGAGGCUCCUUCUGCGGCCACAACCACAUCGACCACUUCUUCUGCGACACCACCCCCGUGCUCAGGCUGGUCUGCUCCGACACCCGCCUCAGCCAGGUGCUCAUCUUCAUCUUCGUGAGCUUCAACGGCCUGAGCACGGUUGGGAUGAUCUUGCUCUCCUACAGCCGCAUCCUCCACGCGGUCCUGGCCACCAGCUCGGCACAGAGCAGGUCCAGAGCCUUCAACACCUGCACCUCCCACCUGACCGUCGUCUUCAGGAUCAUCUCCAGCCGCGUGUGCUGGCAGCUGGUGGCCUGGUGCUACUUCAUAGCCUCCCUCAGCGCCCUGGUCUUCACUGCCUGCACCUUUGGAGGCUCCUUCUGCGGCCACAACCACAUCGACCACUUCUUCUGCGACACCACCCCCGUGCUCAGGCUGGUCUGCUCCGACACCCGCCUCAGCCAGGUGCUCAUCUUCAUCUUCGUGAGCUUCAACGGCCUGAGCACGGUUGGGAUGAUCUUGCUCUCCUACAGCCGCAUCCUCCACGCGGUCCUGGCCACCAGCUCGGCACAGAGCAGGUCCAGAGCCUUCAACACCUGCACCUCCCACCUGACCGUCGUCUCCUUGUUCUACGGGACCUUGUUCUACAUGUACCUCCAACCCGCCUCCCGCCACGGCAGCCAGGACAAGGUGGCCUCCAUCCUCUACACCGUGGUCACCCCCACGCUCAACCCCUUCAUCUACAGCCUGAGGAACAAGGAGGUGAAGGGGGCUCUGCUGAAGCUGGGGAGAAGGAUCUCCAGCCGUCACCAAAGAGCUGUACCAGCUCCAAAGUGA